AUGCUCGAAGCGGCAGCAACCGCACUUGCCAGCAUCGUCGUCCUUGGAACCGGCUUUGGACUGGGCGGCUUCCUCUACCACAAAUUCUACAAAUGGCUCGUCCUCUACAAAAUGGAGCGAGCCUUCAAACCCGGUGAUCCCGUGCUAGAGCUCGCAGCAAUCGGCAAGCAAAUUCCCACCUCCAUCGCCUCAACCCAAGGUCCGGACUCUGAAGAAGACCACUGGAUCCUACGAGACGAGCAAUCCAAAAUCGACGCUAUUGUCAACGGCACCGAUCGCGGACACUACCAUUUACUUAUUGGCGAAAAGGGAACUGGGAAAUCAAGCAUGCUCCUCGACGCCAUGCACAAGGUUAAUGGUGAAGGAGUAAGCAUGUUCGAAGCACAUGCCGACCUCGAAAUCUUCCGCAUCCGGCUUGGGAAAGCGCUAGAUUUCGAGUUUCACGAAGAUUACAUCGGCUCGUACUUCUCUGAGCGAGGUCCCAGAGACACCACUGCAUUGCUGGACAUCGAGCGCGCAUUCAACAAGCUCGAAAAAGUCGCCCUAAAACGACGUCGAACGGUGGGUCGACCCCUAAUCCUAAUAAUCAACUGUGUUCACCUCCUCCGCGACGACGACGACGGCCAAGAUCUGAUUGAACUUUUGCAACAACGGGCAGAGCAAUGGGCUGCCGCAAACCUCGUGACCAUGGUCUUCAACUCAGAUGAUUACUGGGUCUACGAGCGUCUCAAAAAGCUAGCUACACGCAUGGAAGUGACAUCCAUCACCGACCUGCCUCGGUCGCAAGCCAUCGCCGCCCUCUCAAAAUACCGACAAAAAUAUUUCCGCGAGGCUCCCAACCUGGACAUUCUCUCCGAAGUAUAUGAUCGUGUCGGCGGCCGUUUAACGUUUUUAAACAGAGUAGCGAAGUCACCUGAUAUGCUGAAGACGUGCGAUAAUAUCAUCGACGUGGAACGGCGCUGGUUCUUAAACCAGUGUUGGAUUCUAGGAAUGGAGAUGGACGACGAUGUCAUGGAUCAGCAGAAAUAUGCCUCCGCAGCAAUGGUCCUAGCCGCCGCCCUCGUAGCCGCUGAAUCCACCCAAUCCGCCUCUCACGACGACGGCUCGCACAACAUCCCCCAAAUCCCACUACACAUCGCACGCCAGAUCAUGACCCGAGCGGACUUCAUAAAAUCUUAUGACCACAUAAACCUCUUCACAAUAACCUCCACAGCAUUCGUGCGCGCCGACAGCGUCCCGAUGCAGCGCGCUUUCCGCUCCAUCUGUAAUGAACCAGGGUUCGAUGAGCAUCUAGAGAAGACAUUGCAAAGGAUUGGGGAUAUUGAGAGUUUAGGGAGGACGAGGGAGGUUGUUGCUAAGGAUUUGGUGCUUGGUGGGAAGUACAAGAUCCUGUUGAAGGACGGGGAGAGGAGGGGAGAGAAGGUUACCGAGGUUGUGCUUGAGGAGAAGGAGAAAGAGGACGAUGAUUAA